AAACGUGUGCAGUUUAAUUUACAAUAUAAUAUAAUGUUAGUAAUUUAUUAUUUUUACCAUAUCUACAAGUAUGACAUUACAACACUAACAGCUAAGGAAAUGUUACAAUUCAUAUUUGCCCGCCGUUACAAUCACGACCAGAGCGCCACCACAGCGCGCAUGCGAGCAUUACGAGAGACCCAACGCUGCGCAGACCGAUCCGAAGUGCAUCACAAAUCAGUAAAAAAAAAAUCACAACACUGAACAAAAAAAAUGGGCAAAAAAAUUAUGGUAACACCGGUGCGCUAAAAAAGCUUGCAAACUUCACGCACAUAACCUGCGCUGGACAUCGACUCGUCCUAUCUAACUCUGGGAAAAUGUAUAUUGAUUUUUCAAAGAAAAGUCAACGGAUGUAACAAAACACCGUUCGCGGAGUGUUUAUACGCGAAUUAAAACGUCGCGGUACAAGUGUAGGGUGUAGGUGAAGUGUAGUGUCGUCGAGAUGGUGCGACAGUGUAUCUCAGCGUGCUCCGAGUGAGAUCGGAAUCGCGUCGCUCGGCCGACGGCCGCAGCCCGGCCGCGGCCAGGGCCCGGGCGCGCCAUGGACGCCGCCGACCCGCUGCGACCGGACAGGCCGGAGGAGGGCGAAGAGAAGCCGAGGGCGGCGGAGAGCCAGGAUGACGGCUACGAGACGAGCAACAGCGGCGAGGCGCGCCGGAAGCCCUCCAGCGCCGAGGCGUCGCCCGCGCCGCCGCCGCCCACGCCGCCCGCCGAGCCGCCCGAGCCCUACGCCUUCCCCGAGCCCUACCGGCACUUCGAGCCGCAGCCCCCGCCGCAGCCGCCGCCGCAGCCGCCACCGCAGCCCGCGCACGAGCCCGAGCCCUACCAGCACUUCCCCUUCCCCAAGUAUCCACAGGACCCGUACGCGUUCAAGCGCGAGCCCGACGCGCCGUACGACAUGAGCCAGCACGCGCCGCACCCGCACGCGCACCCGGCGCACCCGGCGCACGCGCACCACCCGCACCACGCGCACCACGCGCACCCGACGCACCCGGCGCACCCGCACCAGUACAAGCGCGAGGAGGAGAUGUACAACGGGCGGCGCGAGUGCGAUGACCCCUACUCGUUCGUGGAGGAGGAGGCCAUGUGCGCCAUGCUGGGCCAGCAGCAGCACCACCCGCACAUGCAGCACCACGACCACCACCUGCAGGCGCAGCAGCACAUGAUGCUCAACCAGCCCAAAAAGCGCGGCCGCAAGAAGAAGAUCAAGGACGAGAAUGGCAUGGAGAUCAAGGUGGAGGGCCUGAUGGACGGCGCGCCGCGGCCCGUGAAGGAGCGCAAGAAGCACGACCGCUUCAACGGCAUGAGCGAGGAGGAGGUGUCGCGCCGCACGCUGCCCGACCACCUGGCCGAGAACCUGGACAUCAUCAUUAUCGGCAUCAACCCGGGACUGUUCGCGGCGUACAAGGGCCACCACUACGCGGGCCCCGGGAACCACUUCUGGAAAUGCCUGUACCUGUCCGGCCUCACGAGGGAGCAGAUGAGCGCGGACGAAGACUACAAGCUGCUGAACUUCGGCAUCGGCUUCACGAACAUGGUGUCGCGGCCCACCAAGGGCUCGGCCGACCUGACGCGGCGCGAGAUCAAGGAGGGCUCGGCCGUGCUGCUGGAGAAGCUGCAGACCUUCCGCCCCAAGGUGGCCGUGUUCAACGGCAAGCUCAUCUACGAGGUGUUCUCCGGCAAGAAGGACUUCUGCUUCGGCAAGCAGCCCGACACCGUCGCCGGCACCAACACCUACAUGUGGGUGAUGCCGUCGUCGUCGGCGCGCUGCGCGCAGCUGCCGCGCGCCGCGGACAAGGUGCCGUUCUACGCGGCGCUCAAGAAGUUCCGCGACUACCUCAACGGGCUGCUGCCGCACGUGGACGAGGCGGAGCUCGUGUUCCCCGACACCACGGGCCGCCGCCCGCACGAGGAGAUGGAGAUCCGCAGGUACACCCCGCCGCUGCCAUCCGCCCCCACCCUCGACCAGUUCCGCGACCACCUCGACGGGCUGCUGCCGCACGUGGACGAGGCGGAGCUCGUGUUUCCCGACACCACGGGCCGCCGCCCGCACGAGGAGAUGGAGAUCCGCAGGUACACCCCGCCGCUGCCAUCCGCCCCCACCCUCGACCAGUUCCGCGACCACCUCGACGGGCUGCUGCCGCACUUGGACGAGGCGGAGCUCGUGUUCCCCGACACCACGGGCCGCCGCCCGCACGAGGAGAUGGAGAUCCGCAGGUACACCCCGCCGCUGCCAUCCGCCCCCACCCUCGACCAGUUCCGCGACCACCUCGACGGGCUGCUGCCGCACGUGGACGAGGCGGAGCUCGUGUUCUCCGACACCACGGGCCGCCGCCCGCACGAGGAGAUGGAGAUCCGCAGGUACACCCCGCCGCUGCCAUCCGCCCCCACCCUCGACCAGUUCCGCGACCACCUCGACGGGCUGCUGCCGCACGUGGACGAGGCGGAGCUCGUGUUCCCCGACACCACGGGCCGCCGCCCGCACGAGGAGAUGGAGAUCCGCAGGGAGUCUGCUUACAGGCUGACGAUGGAGCCAGAGCCGGGGGACACCAUCAUUCUGGAGGACGGCACGGAGGUGCCGCUCAAGAAGAAGCGCGGCCGCCCCAAGAAGGUCAAGCUGGAGAACGGGGAGGUGGCGCCGCCCACGCCCCGCGCGCCGCGCGCCCCUCGCCAGCCGCCCAGCAUCGACCCCAACGGGGAGAACCCGCCGAAGAAGAAGAGAGGGCGGCCCAAGAAAAUCCGGCCCGAGGAGCAGCAGUUCCUGUUGCAGCAGCAGCAGCAACAGCAACAGCAGCAGCAGCAGCAACAGCAACAACAACAGCAACAGCAACAACAGCCGAACGCGAUGCUGCAGGGCGGGCUGGGCGCGCACGAGCAGUUCCUGCACGGCGAGUUCCCCGGCGCGCUGUACGGCGCGGCGCACGACGAGCCGUACUACGGCGGCGCGCUGGAGCUGGAGGGCGGGCUGCUGGCGCGCGGCUACCCCUCGCCCGGCUACGCCUCCCCGCGCCACUACGCGUCGCCGCGCUCGCAGCCCUACUCGCCCGGCCCGCAGCGGCCCGCCGCCACGCCGCAGCCGCAGUUCCCGCCCAGCCCCGCGCCCUUCAGCGCGCCCAGCCCGCCGCGCGCCGGCUACGGCUCGCCCGGCGCGCGCGCCUUCACGCGCUCGCCGCUGUACGCCAGCAGCCCGGCCGCCUACCGCCAGCAGCCCAGCCCCGCGGCGCAGCCGCAGCCGCGCUUCCCGCCCGGCGCGUCGCCCGCCUCCUACACGCCCUCGCCCUCGCACACGCCCUACAGCCAGCACUCGUCGCCCGCGCCCGCGCCGCCCGCCUACGACCACUUCGCGGGCGCCGCGGCCGGCUUCGGCGCCGAGCUGUCCGGCGACAUCGGCGCCGCCAUCUCGUCGCCGGGGCCCGUGUCGCCCGGCAUGGCGGCGCUGGACUUCGAGCCGCCGCGCGACGACCACAGCCCCAUGGGCAGCACGGACAUGCACCCGGGCAGCAACAGCAACUCGUCGCUGUCGGACUACGCCAAGCAGAGCCAGCCCAGCGCCGAGCUGUCGCCGGCGGGCGCGGCGCCGGGCGCGUUCGGCGCGGGCCUGUUCGCCGACGCCGAGCGCCUGCGCUACGCCGACCACUACGCGCAGGACCAAGGCAACGGCGUGGGCGACAGUCCGCGGGUGGACCAGAUGCACCCCUCCAUGUACCCCAGCAAUUACAACAGUCCGGUGCGGUCGACGCCGACGGGCGAGGGCGAGGCGGGGUUCGCGCGCGGGCCCUUCCGCGCCGUGCCCACGCCCGAGCAGCACGCCGUGCCCGCCUCGCCCGGCGACUACAGCGGCGACUCGGGCCCCGGCACGCCCAAGAGCAAGCCGCAGGACGUGGCGUCCAAGUCGCUGUCCGGCCUGGAGUCGCUGGUGGACCAGAUCCCGUCCAUCGCGGAGGGCGGCGCGGCGGCGGGCGCGGGCGCGGGCGCGGCGGACGCGGCGCCGGCGCCGUCCGCGCUGCCCGACUACGCGCCCGCGCUGUACCCGCCCUACCCCGCGUACGGCGCGCCCGCCUACGGCAGCAACGGCUACGGCGGGCCCUUCGUGGGCUACGGCGGCGGCUGGGGCACGCAGCUCAUGCGGCCGGCGCCCGGCUACCUGCCCGACUGGCAGUACGGCUACGCGCCCGGCGUGCCGCCCGCCUACGCGCCCUACAACUCGUACUACAACGGCUACGGCGCGCCGCCGCCGCACCAGCAGCACUACCUGUCGGCGCCGCCGCUGCUGGACCUGCACAAGGGCGGCGAGCCCGUGCCGGCCGUGCCCGCCGUGCCGUCCGUGCCGUCCGUCGGCUUCGGCGGCUUCUGUUAGUCAACGCACGGGAAUUCGUCUUUUUCAAACUGAAGAGCUUAAUUUUUAGGAUUUAUUUGUAAAUAUUGUAUGUAUUUAUUUCGGUCCAUCACACGUUCGACGGCUCGCUCGGCGCGGGGGGGGGGGGGAGACCUCUCGUACUUAAUUUAUUCGGAACGUCUGCGAUCGCGCUCUCGACGCGACCUUCUAAAGGAUCACCCGUCUUGCCAAUGAAACGUUUCGCGUUCUAGUCACUUGCUAAUUCGUGUCGGCUAGUCAAAUUAAAAAAAAAAAAUAACCUCGUCCCCCGCCCCCCGCGCGCCGAGCGAAGGCCCGUCGCAUGUAAGUCACGGGAGCGGCCUACGACAUGUGUGCGUGUUCUUUCGUUUAGCUUUAGUUGCGCUGCGCGUGCGGCGCCGGACUUAGCUCAAUUACAGUACGAAGGUUCCUGCAGGCGGCGGCCGAGCGCGCCGGUAGCUGCGGGCGGGCGGCGACCGUAGCACUUCCGUCAUGUUGUACAAGCUAACAGUUUGUCAGAUCGUCCUCUUAUCGUAUUCAAAUAUGCAGUUAUACAGUAGCUUUGGAAAAUAGCGUUUGAGUAUAAAGAGUAGGUUUUUUUUUAUAAUUUUGUUGAGAUAAUAUGCGAUAUCAUGUUCCCGGUCGCCGGAUACUAAGGUUCCGAACAACCACUCGACCUUUAAAAUUUAAUCUUUAGCAGUGUUUUUUGAACGCUCACCGCAUUAAAGCCAGAACCUUUGCUAUCACAGCUAAAUCCUCUCCAGCAGUCUACGGUACUUACCAUUGCUAGGAGCGCGGGCUGACAAACUCACAACUCAGAUGACGAAGAUGUGUCGACCGCCGGCUCUCAGCCUGCACCGUGCGCUCGCGCGCCGGUCGCUCGCCGGCGACCGUCCGGCGAGCGCGCGUCGCUCGGCCGUCUCUUUUAUUUUUGUAAGUCUUUGGUAUGUUGUUGAUGUUUUUAUUUGGCCGUGCGGAGUUUCAUUUCAAUUGCACAAGCGAUAAAAAAAAAAUUAAUCGUAAGGUAAAAACGAAAUAACAUACGUAAGAAAGACAUAUACGUUAAUGAUAGGUUUACUCGAAAGAAUUUAUAUAUAUUAGUGAUGUGGAGCGGAGGAGGUCGGCUCGCUCCAGGCGGUGGUGCAGCGAUCUCACGCGGACUAGCGUAGGUUUGACAUUUGAUGUAAAGAUUGCUUGCGGCCCGCCCUGUGCGCGCACUGUGCUCGCUGUGCGCUCACUGUGCGCUCGCUGUGCGCGGGGCGUCGCGUCACACGGACUGAGGGAAGCGUCUACAGUGUGUAGCGGAGACUAUAUUUUAUAUUACAAAAAGGGGGAGGAACGAAGUGUGACGCGACCGAACGGUUUCUAUGGAUUGUUUACAUUUUACUAAUCUUUUCUCAUCAAUUUUUUUUUAUAAAAUAUGCUUCAAUGUCAAUUGAUUUGACAUGUUUAGCUUAAUAUUUUGCAACAGUAACUGUAGUUCCGUGCUAGAAGUCCAGAAGAUCUGGUGUGAGUAAUAUUAAUUUGUACAAAGUGACAUCGGUGUGGAGUGACUCGACUGAUCAUUUUGACUGCCUUCGUGGAACUGGACCUGCAGAGUCAAUGCUGAUAUUGUGGAACUGUUGAUACAGGUGUGUAGUUGCACAGGUAGAUUGCUAUGCCAUCUGACAUUUCAACAACUCUCCCAGUGGUCACCGGGAGGGGGGUUACACGUAGACGGGGUGGGGGUGAGAUCGCAUCGUUGCACUGUAGUGGACGCGUUGUCUAUUUAUUUGUUUAGUUCGUCAUUCAGGUGGAAAUUCGAUAAGUUUAUAAAAUGAAAUCAACAGGGUAUUUAAGAUUGCGUAAGAGAUAUUAUUUUAUAUUUAUUAUUAUUUUGCGUGCGCGUGUGCGUGCGUCGUUAGCGUUGUGUGGGAGCGUCCGUGCGCCGGCGCGCCAGGGCCGGGGUCAGGUGCGGGCUCCAGGGCCUCCAGCGAUAUCCAAUGUCGAUUCUCUUUCUACAAACAUUAACGCUUCGAAAACUUAAAAAGGAUGGGAAAAACAUUUGUUAUCAUUAGGUCACGUGUUAUACUAUCAAUCGGAUGUGAUACUCCCAUACUUUUAUUAGUUCUCGAAGUGUUAGCGUUUGGAACUGGAAUCCAUUUGUAAUAUUGCUAAAGGCCCGCCUUUGAAGAUGGUUAGGGGCGUUCGUUAUCUGUGAUAACCUGUCAGAAUAUUUUUUUAUCAAUCCAAAAGUAGCCCUAUUUUUCUGUCAUCAACAAGCUUCUUUUCUUUCUUUAUUUAGUAUAUUUGUCUUAGUAUUUUUUUUUCAAUUAGUCUCUAAAAUUUGUUAAAUGUCAUUAAGUUCAUACUGUUCAGUUAAAUUAUUUACCUACUCUAAUUUAAGACAAUUCCUCAAGCUCUUAUGUUUCGUAUCCUCUCGGAGCUGUAGAAUUAAAUUUUACAUUUUAAGCUAAUUUGGAGUCAUUUGAAUAUUGAAAUAUCUAGAUAGACCGUAAAACUUAGUACCUGAAUGAAACUCGAAUAAAGUAAUCCAUGUGGUAUUGAAGGACAUUUGUCUGCGCCCCUGACUACCGGCUCGCUCCCGGUCCUGGCGCGGUCCUGGCGCGGUCCGGCGCGCGGACACAGCCUGUGCUGCAGUCGUUGACUGGCUCGUGUUAGCCCCGCCCUGACACCGCCGGAACAUUUACGUUAUGAACACUAACCCUCAGCAAUGCUUGUGAUUCGAAACAUCCAAACGAGGGAAAUCAGUUUGGAAUAACCCUAGUUAGAUAUCUUAAGGUCGGAUUGUUUUAUAUAAUCGAUAGUUAGUUAAACGAAUAAUAAAAUUAUGUUGUAAGAAUUUUAUCUUUGCACUACCCUCUAAAAUUUACGAUGUUAUUGUCGACAGUAUUAAGGCUGUGACGUCAGCGAUAUGCCACUUCACGCUUCUUCGUUGAGUUAUUCAAUUUUAAUUUGCUAUGUUAGUGAAAAUUAUUAUGAUUUUAUUUUCAACACGUGAGGUGGCGUAUUGUAUAUGUAACAGCCAUUAGCCAUAAAGUAUAGAUAGAUGACAUGGAAUCUCGAAAAAAAAACGGAAGGAAUCAAUCGUUUUUGUUUAUAUACGAAUAAGUACUAAUUAUGUUGUAUUUUGUCUCUCUAGUCUAGAAAUUUAAAUAAUUUUUUAUGUUUACAAUAGUGAAAAAAAAAAAUAUUUGUAAAUCGUGAUCCUCGCAGGCCUGUCGUCGACCCCGUUCUUAGCAUUUACACUAAGUCGGAGGGGAGGGGGAGAAUUAGUUGUUUAUGAAGCUUUUAUAAUUGUGUUUUAGUGAAAUUUGGUGUUGUACAUCGACCAGGUGUCAGGGCGAGGCCUGUUGGGUCGGACUUUUACGCUUUUUUUUUACAUUUUUACGCUGAUUUGUGGUGUUCCGUACUGCGAGCACAGUUGAUGUAUGUCAUCUGUGUUUAAAAAUAUUAUUUUGUUGCCGCACCUUACGACAGGCGAUUAGACGGUGAAACCGAAUUGACAAUACAAACCUGAGUAGUAUAUCAUAACCUGUUGGUACCCAAUAAAAAAUAAAUAAAUACAUAAGUCGUUAACAUUGACAUAUUAUGUUGUUUUAGCGCAAUCCCCAAUAUAAUUUGUCACUCUUUAUAACAUAAAACAUAUAUUUUGAUCAUCGCUCAAUGUAUAUUCUGUGUUCUGGUCCUGUACGUUCUGCUAUCCCUUGGGCUCGAUUUGUGUAAAGAUUCUGAAUUUGCCUGCCUCGCUGUCGUGGUUUCGUUAAAAACCUACACCAAAUACCUAAUUACAAAAUAAACCUGUAGUGUAUUGUGAAUACUAAAUGACUGUUGUCUCGCACGACAAUGAGCACAGUCGUCAGUUGACAUUGCAUCUAGUAUGGACGAUGCCAAAAGCAUCCGUCGAAUCUCAUAGAGUCCAAAGGGCGGUAUGAUGGCUGUUUUGCGCAAAACUUAAGUACAAGAACUUAAGUACAAUCGUGGUAGCGGUAUACUGUUGUCAACUGUGCUCAGUACGUACGAAAUAAUAAUUUAUUGUUAAGUCCAAGUAACUGCGUACUUAACUCUUAGCGAAUAUUAAUGUUUAAAUGGUAUUGGUUGCUACACUGGUUAUAUGUUAAGUUUGUCAGCCGGUACAGCACCGCUCGGGUGGUGAUAUAUUUUGAACAGUUUCAUUUUUAAUAUUUGUGUAAUGUUUAUAAAGUUUCGCUGUACAGAAUCGUGGACUACCGAGUGAUGCGUCCCCGUAUAUUGUAUCCUGUCGUAUUGACUUGUAUGAAUUUCUCUACAUAAGUAAUUAACAUGUGUAUUAAUUGAUAUGCCAAUAUACGCGUAUGUUGUGUUCAGUCCCUUUUGACACAGUUCCAUCUCACAGUAACUUAAGUACAUUAUAAAUUCAAAACCAUAAUAGAUUCAUACAAAUGUUGGUUCUUUUUAAUGUCUAAUUUAAAAAUACAUUGAAAAAUAUCAGAUCUGCUCUCUUUUAAAGUGCAUUAUCAGCUCUUUCAUUUCAAUGUCAGCUUUGGAGGUUGUCUUUUAAAAUGGCGCCUGAUCGAGGAAUAAAUUUAAAAUAUAUCUGAAUAUUCGAUGGCUUUUUGAACGAUAACUGAAUAAUUGGUCUCGCUUAUAUAUCGAUUCCCGAUUCUAAUUAUUUUAUUUAAGACUGUACUUUUGUCAAACUUCGAAUAACAAUUAUUCGCAACUUGUAAUCGUUGUGUUGUUGUUGUUGUGGUGUCGUGUUGAAAUGAUUCAAAAUGGAUACAUCGAUUAUUUUCGAUACGGCGAAUAUUUUAAUAUUUUAAGUAAAUGAUAGAAAGGUGAUAUUCGAUAUUUAAUGUGGGAGUAUUAUCGAUAAUAAUCGAUGUAUUGGAAGAUUGAGAUUAAAACUCAAUUAGAGUUGUAUGAAGUGUAUGCUGUAUGUGUAUGCCGCCUAGGAGAGAGGUCUGUGCCCAGUACCAGUAGGAUAGUUUAAGUGAAGGGAUGUAGCGCUCGCGUACAAGUUGUAGUGUUCACAGCCCUUGUACAGCUCUAGUAGAGUUUUAAUUUUGAUCGUUUGAAUUUUAAUUACUAUUACAUUGAGACAAAAGGGAAUGUGUAAAAUGUCAUUUGACAGAGAAGUAGAGUGAACUGUGUCCGAAGGGAGGCGCAGGUGCGCGCGCAAACGUUCGCCGCACGUGGUGUUCGUUGUACAUAAUGAGUGCUUUAUUACGCUUCUUUGAUAUUACUAUAUUUUUAUUGUUUACAUCGUAAUAGUGUAUUUCUUUUUGCUUUUAAUCGUAUCAUGGUUUAUAUCAGCGCCGCGGCGGUCGCCUGCCGGUUAGGUUAGGAUUAGCGAUUUAUUUACACCUUGUUAUAUUGUACAAUCGAAUGUUGUAUGUCGAAAUCAAAGUGAACGACGGCUCUUCUACGGAGUACUGUUUGCUGCGUCGCCGGCGGCCCUGUAUAGUGAUUACUAUACGUCAAGUGUAAACUUAUCGUGCUUUUUAUUAUAAGUAAUUAAUCGACUUGGUACAUUAUUACUAUAUUUAGUGUGGGCGGCGGCAGGCGACCGGCGCGGGCGCGUGGCAGGUCGUUUAUGAUGGUUAGUCGUAUCUACUCUCUGGAAUGUGAGCCUCGCUGUCGCGCGGUCGGUUCGCUUAUCGUGUUAAGCUCAAAACUAUUGUGUUCCCAUAAUACUGAACUAGAAAAGUCACGUGAUUACUGUCGGAGUAUGCUUGUGUCGAACUCAUACGGGGUUCUCAGUCGGGCUCGAUUGUGUAACCGACAUGAUCUAUGCCAGUAUUGUGGUGACCUCGCCCCGCCCCCGCCGGCGCGAGGGGGCGGCGCAGGCUCGGAGCGUAGCUAGUGUAAGUGUCUAUCAUCGAGUUAGCGUUAGAGAGCGCGGGCGCGCGCCGCCCGCCGCUCGACCAUUUUGUACAGUAUGUAUAUUUUUGUAAAAUUCGUUCUAACUUGUGGCAAUAUUAUAAAAUUUUAAAAUUUAUCUCUAAUACUAUUGAUAUUUAGUACAAUUGUUACAACGGUUCAUUUCGAUGACCGCACCGUCGGCGGGCAGCGGUCGCGCGGCCGGCGAGCGGCGAGCGACUGACGCUGUCGCUCCAUAUCCCCAUCCAGCUAGAAUUCACUUCGAUUAUUUUCCAACAACUACCCACAAGAAAAGUAACUCUGAUCUAACCGUAAUCGCACAGAGGGUACUGUAUGGACAUCUUUGUGCUCGUCAUUUGUAGUAGACAAGUAUGAUACAAGCCGAGGCCGCCGCCCGCCGCCCGCCCGCCGCCCGCGCCGUGUAACGUUAGGUCUCUGCCGGGACGCGUAGAGUAGUUGUGCGCCGUGCGCGCGCUCGGUUGUGAAGUCGCUGGCGACCCCGAGCCCCCGUGCGGGGGCUCGAAGCAAUAUUUUUACAACGUAGUCUCAAUCGAAAGCAAUAAACCUCCGUCCGCCGGCGGCGCAGCGGAGCCCGCCAGUCGACGGAGUUCGAAUCUAGCUCAAUUUUAUUGAUACUUAAUUAUUGUAAUGUACGAUAGUGGCUCGCUCGUCACCGUGCCGGCGCCGCUCGUGCCGCGCUGCGGGCGGCGCCACCGUCGCCGAUAGUCAAUUACCGCCGCCCCCGCGCCCGCCCGCCGCCGCGUCCGCGCCGCGACGUACACUGUCGAAGUACCCUCGUCUCCACUGCAGUGCGCAGUGGGCCGCCGGCCGCCGCCGGGCGAGGGCCGUCUGUGCGUUGAUGGUUUGCGCUAGCGGUAUCGGUUCAUGUUUGUACAGUUUUUAACGAACUUCUUGUAGCGAACUAAGCAAGAAUUAUUUUAGUAUAUGAUAAGAUCUAAUCGAAUUACAUUCUAGUGUAACAUAAUAAAGUACUCGAGGUUUUUCUAAAUUUCAUUUAAGAUCGUACGUGAGGUUUUAUUUGGAAUAUAUUAAUGUAUGUCUCAUUGAAACUGACUCCGUAGAAUGUAAUUAGAAUAUUAAACAGGAAAAUUUUAAAUAAUAAAAUACAACUUAAUAUUAAGUAAUGUAUUAUAAAAAUAGGUGUAAGGUAAAAAGUUAUUAACAUUGUAUGGAAAAAUUGUGACAAAAUUAUAGUCAUUUGUAAUAUUA